CACUGAUUCAACUGACUAAGUUAAAUUUUGAAGGUGAUCUUGUCACUCUGCUGAGCACCAGCAUGUGUUUGUCUGAACUUUUGCCCUGAAGAGAUAGCAUCACAUAAACGAGCAAAUCACUAGUAUAAUAGCAAAAGUAGAGACUGAAGAUUUGAAAAUAUUAAUUUAUUGCUUGUUAUUGUGAAAGAGAAUCAUCAAAUUUUGCAAUGGAUAUAUUUGAGUUCACCCAAAAGAUGGACGGAGAUCUUAGUGAGGGAGGGAUGCAAACUGUGGCUCUGGGUGAUGGUGCCACCAGUGGAGAGGGUCACCAGUCUGCUCCUUCAGACCCAGCACUUCCUUGGCCUGGACCCAACUCAGCUAUGCCAGCACAGUCAGCAGCCCCUCCUUCACAGCCCAUCCCAGCAUCCCAGGCUCGUCCCACAUCCCUCCCACAGUACCCACACAAUCCUGGGUCUGCCUAUACCUCACCAAAUAGUGCCAAUAGUCCUGAGUACGGCAAUAAGUGGGACUGUUAUAUCUCGCCGUUUCCAGCCAUGUCGCCAGUACCGCUGGCCACGCCAACUAGCCCUGGCACUGAAAACGGAGCUGCGAUAGUACGCUCGGGUUCAAGCAAAAUGGAAACCAUAAAAACUUGGUCCAUAUCCACCUACAAAUGUACCAAGCAACUUCUGUCAGAGAAAUUGGGGAAGUCUUCUCGCACUGUAGAUGCAGAAUUAGAAGCCCAGAUUGAGGCACUUCGUGACACACAGCGGAAAUAUUCACAAAUAUUACGAUUGGCAAGGGCUUUGUCCUCUCACUUCUACCAUGUUGUACAAACACAACAACAGCUGGGUGAUGCUUUUGCAGAUCUUGCACAGAAAUCACCUGAACUUCAGGAAGAGUUCAUUUACAAUGCAGAGACUCAGAGGACCCUAACCAAGAAUGGUGAAACUCUUCUUGGUGCUCUCAACUUCUUUGUUUCAUCUGUCAAUACUCUCUGCAACAAAACUAUGGAAGACACUUUGCUGACUGUCAAAUUAUAUGAGUCUUCUAGAAUUGAAUAUGAUGCCUAUCGGAGUGACCUGGAAAUGCUAUCCCAGCAGCCUCGUUCUGAAAUAAGUUCCAUCAAACUUGAGGAAGCCCAACGUAACUUCAAUGGACACAAGGCUCACUAUGAUAGGCUAAGAGCAGAUGUUGCCAUUAAGCUAAAAUUCCUGGAAGAGAAUAAGGUGAAAGUCAUGCACAAACAGCUGCUCCUGUUUCAUAAUGCUGUGUCUGCCUACUUUAGUGGCAACCAGACAGCCCUGGAAGCCACCCUCAAGCAGUUUAAUAUCAAGCUGCGCAGUCCCAACACCGCACCCCCGUCAUGGUUGGAGCAGGGUGAAUACUAGCAGUUGUCUGAGAUGAUUUGAAGAGUGAUGUGCCUCGAGGGAACUAGCCUCGCUCCAUGUCUUGUUGUGGCAUUAAGAACAAAACAAAGAAUGAUAAUUAUAUAACAAGGAAUCACAUGUGAUCUUGUAUCUCACUUUAUUUAUAAACUUUAGUGUGUAGUACUUGAUGUAAUUGUUUUGCACUGUUAUUGAUACAGUUGCUGGAGGAGAAAAUUAAUAUGGCCAGUGUUGUAAUUUAAUGAGGUUAGUUUUUUUUUUUUUUUUUUUUUUUUUUGUGUGUGUGUGUGUGUGUGUGUGUGUGUGAAAAUGAUCAUUGAUAAUUUGCUUUACUUUAGUUGAGGGGAAUAUUGAAUUUUAUUUAAGUAUACAUUCAUAUUUUUGUCAUUUGGUAUGUAAAAAUCCUAGCAGUAUCAUUUGUUUUUCUUACAGGACAUAGAAAUUAUUAAUUUACUUAAAAAAAAAAAAAAAUUUAGUAGGCCAGCUUAUAUGGCAUAAAUAUAUUAGUUAUUAUUGUGCUGCUCUCUUUCUUUGCAUACAUUAAAUUUGAACCUAACAUGCUAUCAAUACUUGUAUUUAUAUAAGUUGUAUCCUGGUUUGGGGAACUAUCAAUUAGUGGACUAUGCGAAGAAGCCGUUACAAAUAAGGAACAAUCAGUGAAGAGCUUGGUAGAUGAAAUGUUGGAAUAACCUAGCACUGAUACAACAGGUGAUUUGUAGCAAGUCAAUAUUUGAAGCAUCUGUAUGAUUGAAAUUUAAUUCUAUAAUGCUUAAGGAAGACUGACAUUUUAAUUCAUGUGGCAAUCCAAAAUGAGGCGUCAAAAGAUUUGUAAAAUACAGUAAUGUUAUAUAAGUUGCUACAUUCCAGCAAUAACAGUUUCAGUUGCUCUACCAAUACAGUCCUAACUAGUGACUGCACAUGAUCACAGGAAUACAGGACACAAUAAUAUCUUGUAUUUUAAAAGUGAACCAGACUAAACAAGAAAACAUUAAUGUUGAUAUGCAGUAUCACUUGUUUUUGUAAAAGUAUGUGAAGAGUAGGCUUAGGUAUGCAUGGUGUUCAAUAUUAAUUGAAGUAUGUGAGUCCAUCAGCACUUCAGACAAUGACUUUCAGCCAAAGCUUUGUGUACCCUAAGUUUUUUUUUUUUUUUUUUUUUUUUUUUUUUUCUCGACACCAGUAUCCUUAAAAGGCCAUAGGCAUCAUUUGUACUGUAUAUAUGACCAGUAUGAGUGAACGAUGGUACGUAUACACAUAGCAAUGUGGACGAAUGUAAGAAGGAGUGCAUGAUUAUCAUGUGCUGUUCUAGUCAGUAGCGUGCACGGUUCUCCAUAGGAUGGUCUCAACAGGACUGUCUUAGCAGGCAAACUUAGACAAAUAAAGCAGUUUGGAUUUGAA